AUGCUGGCAGUGCUGUAUCGCGCUCCAUUGACGGAGGGGGAGCGGUGGCGGCUGGCAGGGCUGGCCGCAUUCAUGGCAGCCCAGCUUGCGUUCUUGACCUGUUGGCGCCGACAGUACCUGCGGUGGCGCACCCCGCUCGUGGCCGUCUCCCGUGCCCAGGGCCUGCUGGUGCCGGUCCUGGUGCUUGACACGCUCCGCGCGCUGCAGCCCACGCUGCAGCCGUCCCCUGCAGCAGGCGGCGACGGCAUGGGCAGCAGCAGCAGCGGCGGCGUCGCCGCCGCGCUUCGUUCGGUGGUGGUGCUUCUCGUCCCGCUGGCUUGGGUGGAUGCUUGCUUCCUGGGUGCAGUGGGGCAUCCGCUGCCCCCGCUGCUGCAUGUGGCGGUGCAGAGCGUCAGCAUGGGGCUGCUGGCGUGGCGAGCACCAACAGCCUGCCGCGACUAUGUGGCCCAGCACCCGAGCAACCCGCGCGUGGUGCAGGCCGCUUACUGGCUGCUGCAGCAGCUCACGUCCCUGUUGUGCGGGGGCACGCAGCAGCUUGUGGCGCUGGCUGGCGGCGCCGUCAGCGAUGGGCAGCAGUGCGUCGCGGUGGUGUGGGCGCUGCAGGCCUCCCUGGCACUCGUGCUCCCCACGCUGGUCAUCUGGCAGCAGCAGCUUGCCACAGCCAGGCAGGCAGCGGGCCAGAUGGGGAGGCAGGAGCAGAGGGAAAGGGAGGCGGGCGAGAGCGAGCAGCACGCCGUUGGCGACUGCCACCGCAAAUCAUUGGUGGCAGGCAUUGAGCUGCGGCUGCUGGAGGCGGCAGAAGGCAUCAGCUGGCCGCUGGCCACGGCUGCCUCGGCGCUGCUGGCAUUCGCAGCGCGGCUAGCCUGGCAGGCGCUACCAGAAGGCGCAGCGGUCUAA